CAAUGAAAAAUUUAUGUUUGCAGAAUUAUUUGCGAGUUUUUUCCUCGAAAAUUUUAAAAAAUUUAAAAAUUUUUUGGUUUGAUUAGAUUUUAAAGAAUAAUUCAAGUCCGUAUUAAAGACGAUGUACCUGUGGUUAUAAAAAUUGGAUUUUUAAAGUUUAUUGGACAACGUUUACUUUCCACACAAAUACACUCUCACACACAAAAACAUACAAUUUAAAAAAGCUCUUUUGCAUUUAUAUUUAAGUUCUUUUCUCUCGCUCACACGCCAACACUAAGCUUUCUCUACAAACUUUGCUUGCUAAAACAAAAAACCCGACAACUUUUAAGUUCAAAUGAAAUCAUGUUUUUUCUAAAUAUUUACGAAAUUCUAUUAAAUUAUUUAGACCUAUAACAGUAAUAGCGGUAUACGUUAUAAUCCACGUUUGGGAUUUGUCAUGGAAGUACGAGAUUUUAAAGAUACUGGCACCUAUAUCUGUCGACCGAAGAUACCAGCACCGUCCAACGAGGAGGAGCAAACGGAAAUUGAUAUUAUUUUGGGUAACAAAGUCAAAGAUCCUUCAUACAAUAAAAAUCAAUUGGAUAAACCUGCAACUGAUGUUAAGGAGCUAAACUCAUUUAGUGUAGAACCAACCGAAACAACUACUCCUCUUACUAGCCCUAGUAAAUUAACUACGAAAAAAAGUUCAGUAACUAACAAUCAAAUGAAUGUCACUAACAGCAUUUCUGUCAAUUUAACUAAAAAAAAUUUUACUCAUCUUGUCAAUGAAGUCGUCCCCACGUCUUCAGGUGUUGAAAAUCGAAAAUAUACGAAUUUCGAAAAUCGAAAUCAUAACGUUAACGUUAGCAAUGUGAUCGUCAUACAAAUACAUCUGCGCAUUAUUGGUGAUGGGUAUAAUACUAGUGAUAAUGCUAAUCAAACUUAUGAUAAUAGUAUUGAGCAUGAUGAUAAUGAUUGGGGUGUUGAUGAUGAUGAUGAUGAUGAUAAUGAUGAUAGCGAUGACUCUACAGACAUUAGUUAUGGUGAUAAUGUUAUUGAGGACUUGGUUACCGAAAGUUAUAGACAAAAACGUUAUAUAGAUUCAACUACACGACCUUCUAUCUUAAAGACUUACAGGGACUCGGACCCAUUAGAUAAUGACUUUAAUUAUGAAAGUUUUGAAUCGAAAUCAUCACAACAUGUUAGAGAAAUACGUCAAGUUACCACCAGACGUCCGUCAUUAUCGUUCGACUACUUAUACCACUCAUGUGGAUAAACCGAAUAUAACAUCAAAUGCCAAACAUCAUGCUCCCGAGGGUGGAACUUUUGAAUUGACUUGUGAUGUUAAAAUUGCCCAUGAUGUUAAGUAUAAAGUGGAAUGGGUUUUACCGGAUGGUGUACAGCGCGAUGAGGUAAAUUUUGGUUUAAAGA